AUGGAAAACAGCUAUAUCCUUGGGUACUGGGAAGUAGUCAGAUGGGUGGGUCGCAGUGUAGAAAGGCGGGUCGAGUGCCAGCAGUUAGAGCCUCCCAUUCCCACACCGGAGACUCUGCAGUCCACUUAUCCUGCUGGUGGUGCUGCAGAAGACGCCUUCCGUAAGCCAGAAUACGUUUGGAGAACCAUGACUGGGGUGCUGAAGAGGCUGACUGUGCUGCUGACGAGCCUGCUGACCUGCUCGUUAGCCCUAGACACCCUAGAAACCAAGCAGGGUAACACCGAGGUCUUACAAACAGAAGGGAGGAUCCUCUCCUACGGAAAUCCAGAGGCGGCGGGGAUAUUCUUCGUGCAGAUCUGUACUAUGACGGUUUUAACCCUCUCUGCCGUGUAUAUGAUCUACGUCAUCUUCCUUCCGCCUGUAAGGCAACGCGCUUUCUCUUGGAGCUUAUGGGAUCUGAUGCCAGCAUCCCCUUCCUGGGAUGACUUCAAUCUCCUCGAUCAAGUUUUAAGGAGCGUUGAUGCCGUUGAGUCCACUCUGACUGCUGUGGAAGAAGAUUCACAAGCUUGUCGGGACUUGAUAUUCUGUGAACUACGGCAAGCAUCCACCAGGAUACCUGUCAUUGAUGCUUUCCUACAGUACUUUAGACCGUCUAAGAGAGAGCUGGAGAAGUAUAAGGAUGGGCAAGAGGAUGACAUGGCCCUGGAGAACUGCAGGAUGCUCUUUGCUGAGUGUUCCAUCUCCCUGGCUCGGACCUAUUGGGACAACCAAUGACCUACACUCUAACAGGUCCUCUUACCACUUUAACAGGUCCUAGGGGUCCCGCGUCGUACUCGACGACCAGUGAGCUAUGCACCAACAGGUUACGGGGUUCCAGGUCGUACGGGGACACCAGUGGGCUGCGCUCUAACAUGUCCUUUAUGCCCAGGUCAUAUGGCUUUGCCAAUGACCUAUAAUUCCUCAGGUCCUAUAGGCAUGGAUCGUAUGAUCUACGCAU